UUCAUUUUGGGUAAACCAUUGCAACCCCCGUUUAAAUCACGGGAGAAGACGGUGUAGUCUAGUUGGGCCUAAACAUUAACUUACUUCAUCGUAAUCAUCAGGGUGUUAUACCGGGAAGAGGCGGCUGUUUAGAAGCCAUGUCGGACAUUGACAGAUGUUCCGUUUCCAACGAAAGUUAAGUUUUUUUGUCUAUUAUUUUUUCUCACAUUUGUUCGCACGAUUUCUCAGCUAUACAUGAACAAAGGAUCGUGGAAUUUUCAGGUAUAAUAGAUAUUCAUUUAAACUUUAUAUGUGUAUUUGCAAUUUUGAUUAUGUCGAUCAUUACGUAAGAUAUUUAUUGAAAGUGGACAUUAACGACAAACUAACAACUCAACUGUAUGACAAACGGGAUGAUUUCAGCUUCUCCAUCGUCAUCUUUUUAUGUAGCAAUAGUCCAUUAUCACCUGCAUAUGGUGUUUAUAUAUCUCAAUUGAUUCGAUAUCCAAAAGCUUGUUCUGGGUAUAGUCAGUUUUUAAAUCGAGGUAAGCUACUGACAAACAAGUUGAUGGCACAGGGAUUUCAACAGUCUCGAUUGAAGUCAGCAUUUCGCAAAUUCUAUGGUCGUUAUAACGAUCUAGUUCGUCAAUACAAUCUCGCAUUGGGUCAAAUGCUGUCUGACGUGUUUCAUACCGAUCGUUAAGCCGUUCUUGGCACACUGAUUUUGACUGCGGAUAACUCCGUUGACCUGAUCAGGAUAUGGGGCUCACGGUGGGUGUUACGGGUCAACAGGGGAUGCUUACUCCUCCUAGGCACCUGAUCCCACCUCUGGUGUGUCCAGGGAUCCGUGUUUGCCCAACUAUCUAUUUUGUAUUGCUUGUAGGAGUUAUGAGAUUGAUCCUUGUUCGUUAUCUUCACCUUGCAUAUUGAUGUUUCUCUGAAAUUUAAAGGUUCAGUUGUCCAUGAGUGUUGUCGGAAACUAUCAAAAAUAUAAAAAUUCACAUUUUCAGCAAAAGAGGAUUUACGUUCAAAUUUUCAAAUUUCUUCAAUUCAAAAAGCGCUGAAGUUCCCUAGGGCUCUAACAUGCCCCACAAAUUUGACAUGCAAUUUUUUAUACAUUUUCGCUAACAUCUUUUUAUAGGAACAUAAUGUGUUUAGAUAUAUAUAUACCGGUGUGACCGGUCAAUAGGGGAUGCUUACUCCUCCUAGGCACCUGGUCCCACCUCUGGUGUGUCCAGGGGUCCGUCUUUGCCUAACUAUCUAUUUUGUAUUGCUUGUAGGAGUUAUGAGAUUGAUCACUGUUCGCUAUCUUCACCUUGCAUAUAUAACAAAGGUUGAAGACGAUGGCAAUAUCUAUUUGACAAUAUCAAACUGAAGGGUAUAGCUCCUUCAUUCAUUUUACGAAAGGGAUCGAAAUUAUUUUCUAAAUAUCCCCAAAACUAAAAAGGAAUUUACAUUUCUGAAGCAAAGUUGUGUAUUGCGACAUUCUGUAACGGCUGACAUCAGCAAAAUGAUAAUUUAUUACGUAUUAAUGAAUUUAGUAUGGAAUAAGGUCCGAGAAUGCCGUGUUCUCCAAAGGGAUUUAUUGGAAAAUGAUUUACGAAAGUUGUUUUUAUGUAUCUUAAACAAAAUAUAUUUUGGAAAGCACAUUAUACAACAUAAAUUCCUCAGAAUGUCAUUUUAAACAGCGUGUUGUUUUUAUGUAUGUUCCUACAACCCACCAUAAGGGACUACAGAGUUGAUCGUUGAAAUUAUCUUCAACCUUUAGAUAUUUGUUAAACGUUGUGGACAAAGAUGUAGAUAAUUACAAAACGCAUUCGACGAUAUCAAGUCUUGGGGUUGAGACCCUUAAAUAAAGCACCUGAAGAGGUCAAAUCAUUAUUAAAUAAUUUAAAAACUAAAAGAAAUUUUGCUAAGCAUUAUUGGAGCAAAGUUGGUUGUUGUCAUAUUCUGUGUCAGCUGAUGUCGGCACCAUGACCACUGGUUAUGCAAUAAGAGAAAUAAACAGGUGAAGAUAACGAACAGCGAUCAGUCUCACAACUCCUAUAAAGAAUCCAAAAUUAAGAAAAAUAAACGGGAAAGUUAGACAUUUAGUUCUUGUAUUGCGUUAUCCAUAUAUGAAGUUUUUUAAGUCAAAUUGAAAGAUACAUACUCUCAUCCAGAAAUGUACUACAUUGAGAUGAUAUUCAUUUAGUACUUACAAAACAUCAGUAUGUGUAAUUGUAUUGUUUUAACCAGUUUGAAUUGAUAUUAUCUAUUAAAUGUUAUUUGUUUCAUUGACAGCAAACUAUUGCUGUGACCUCUGAUUCCAGAGAUGGAUCCGCGUGCCCAGGACGUCCUACUGUGUGACCUCUGUAACACCAACCCCCUACAGAGCUAUUGUGAACAUUGUCAUAUAAAUAUGUGUACUAACUGUGUUAGUAAACAUGUAUCAGGUCCCUCUAAAAAGCACAAUAUCGUACCGUAUCAUUUACACAGUAAGUUUACUCAAACUCACUCAAAAUGUUCGAAUCACGCCGAAAAGGAUUGCAAACUUUACUGCGAGAAAUGUGAAAUUCCGGUAUGUCCCACCUGUCUUUCCUCUGGGAAACAUGACGGCCACACGCUAUUUGAUGUUAUGAAAAAACUCGACUCUAAAAACCGAUGUCUACGAGACGAUUUGGAAGAACUAGAGACCAAAAUUUAUCCCCGAUACGAAGAAACUGCGUCCGAUGUCCGAAGUGAGAAAGCCGAGUUAGAAAAGAAUUACGGGAAACUCGCCAUAGCUGCAGAGCAACAAGGAGAGGUCUGGCACCGUCAGAUCACCGCUAUUGUCAACCAACUGAAAUCAGACAUUGCAGAGACAAAAAUUAAAGAUAUGGCUGUUUUGGAGAAACAUAUAAGUGAAAUCAUGCACAGAAUUGUUGAAAUCAAACAGGUCAUUCUUGAAAUUAAAAACAUACUGGACACCAAUGAUAUUUCCUUAACAUCAACUUACAAAUCUAGAAAUAAUGAAUUUAAUCAACUGUCGCCUAAAAUAAAAGUAACAUUACCAAGCUUAUCUACUCCAACAAUCAAUACAGAAAAACUUACUGAAAUGUUUGGGUCUUUAUCAUCAUUAUCCAUUACGAAAAUCAGACCACUGCUUGAUGAACCGCGACUCGACGCUACCAUAGACACUGACUACACAGAACUGUACAGUGUUUGUUGUCUCGGUGAACAAAUCUGGACGUGUGGACGUGACAAAAUCAUGAAACUCUUCAACCUCGGGGGUAAACUAUUGACGUCAAUAAAAACCAGGUCAGGGGACAUACCAUGGGGCAUAACAGUGACGCGAGACGGAUAUCUUGUUUAUACUGACCCUGAUAAAAGAACUGUAAAUCUAGUAAAGAAUAAAAAGAUACAGAACGUUAUCACACUACAUGGAUGGAAACCUCGCUAUGUCUGCAGUACCUCUGAUGAUGAUCUCCUGCUUACCAUGUUCAGUGAUAGUAGAAAACAAUCCAAAGUUGUGCGUUACUCUGACUUCACAGAGACACAAACCAUUCAGUUUGAUGAUCAGGGACGUCUUCUCUAUUCGUCUGGUUUUUUACCUAAAUACAUCAGUGAGAACAGAAACCUGGAUAUUUGUGUUGCUGACUAUGAAGCUGAAGCAGUAGUGGUGGUCAAUCGGUCAGGAAAUCUCAGAUUUCGAUACACUGGUCACCCCUCUUAUACCAAGAAAUCAUUUCAUCCAUACGGCAUCACUACAGACAGCCAGAGCCAUAUAUUGACAGCAGACUGUUACAGUCACCGUAUCCACAUCUUAGAUCAAGACGGACAGUUCCUUCGAUAUAUUCAGAACUGUAAUUUACGCCGUCCGUGGGGUUUAUGUGUGGACAUCAGAGAUAACCUUCUUGUGGCUGAGUGGGACACCGCCAAAGUGAAGAAAAUCCAAUAUCUAUAAACAGUGUUAAUCACACACCUAAACACUGUUCAUUACAGAUCUCGACACAGUGUUAAUUACAUAUCUAAACAUUUUUACAUUGUCCUGUGUACAUUAUUUUAAUUAACACCAUGUUGAUUCCAGCCCUGUGUUAAUUAAAGUUGUGGUAAUUACACCAAUGUUUGUGAUUUGCAAUUAACGUGUAUUGACAGUAUAUGUGUGUUUGUAUAUGUGUGUUUGUUUAUGCGUGUCUGAACGCUAUUUUGUGUUAUAUGUAUUCAGAGUUCGAAAUUACCUCGUGUCUGUAAGUCCGAGACUAAUAAAAAAAAAUUCGGAAUAGUAAACUCAAUAUAGCAUUCGUCCGUAUGGACUAAUGAAAAUCUGGAAAUCAAUUUUAAAUUGGUUAAGAUUUUAAUAAUUUUGUCCCAGUUACUUAGAUGUUUUGAAGAUAUGGUCGAUUAACUACAUGUACAUGGUUUGAUGUUUAUGUAACAAUGACAUGCUGAUCUUCCAAACACACGAAGUGCGUUCAAUACCGCCAUUCUUCAUACGAGUACACAUUCCUGCCGAUUCCGAAUAUCGAGUACGCGUCGCGAGAACAGGUGCGAGGUGCAAGAACACACACCACCUCUGUAAGUAGUGUGGUUGAAGAACACGUUCGUGCGCACAUGUUCUCGUCAUUCUUGAUUCUAACACAGAAGUUCAUAAAAUAUAACACAUAUUUUAGAUUUGGUCAAUCGAGUGAACUUUAUUGACAUAAUUGAUACAAACUCCUGUGACUCUAAGAACUGAGCACGAGAACAAUGGUAACGUCGAUCUCAAACGCACUUAUGGAUGUUUAUAAAAGGGGUUACUUGAUCAACUCUGAAGUUAAUAUACGCUUCUGAAGAUCUUGAAUGCAAAAUAAAGUAUGCUGGUCUUUUUCUUAUCUAGGUGUCAGACACUGCAUUGUUUGUAAAUGUGAUGUGUUUGGUUUGAUUAAAUACUAUUGAAUAAAA